UCACCGCAGUGACUCUUUGGUCAGAAAUGGCGAACCCCAUAUGGUAGAUCGAAUGGGGCUUCAAUAUGUCGAUAGAAGGGGGUCUGUCAAGUAAAGAAUAUGGCGGCACCCAUGAAAAACAUGCGACCGGCUUCAGUGUAAAUAAAGGCGACAUAUCUGACACAUUUAUUGAGAGAACCGAAUCAUAUCAUAAAAAGAACAAUGAAGAUGAAAUUUUGUCAUUUCAAGAUGGCGACAUUAUCGCAAAAAAUAUUGACACUGACAUUGAAAAUGUACAAUUUCUAUCAAGCGAAGAUCUUGACAGCUUCAGGACAGAUCCUCAAAACGAUUCCGAAUGGUUGAGAAGUAGACAUGAUAGUGAUAACUUUGACAUUCCUUCGUCGUCUUCUGAUGAGGGUGAUUUCUUUGAGGCGAGUGUUGUCGAUCUCGCCUCGGGUGGUACCGGUAUAUCACUACCACUGGACAGUGAUGUUUCUGGUGCUCAAAUAUUCAUGUCUCCUUUAAAUCAGCCUGUGUUCAGCACAACAGAUACAAAUCUAGUCAUUCCACCAUCUUCCAUUCAUCAAAAUAUUAACUCUGUAUUAAAUGCAAACAUAAUCACAGACAUAGGGCAGUUGUCACAGUCUAUUAAAAACAAUGAACAAACUGAUACAUGUACUGCCGAAAACUCUCAAACCAUAACAAUAGUUGGACGGAAUGAAGACAUAAAUAAUGCUGCAAGACAAAGUGCAACCUACCAUGUAGGAAAGCCGCCAGGUCAUAUACCUGAACCUACAGUAUUGAUGGCCCCUAUCAAUGCCAAUAACCCACAGUUAAUUCAAGCAACAGCGAUUCCACAGACAAUUCAAGUGAUUCCACCACAGUCCUCAAUGACUCCACAGGGGAAUUUGAAGUUUGCCACUAUUUCCAUUUCAACAGACAAACCUUCAAACUCAACCCACAUCCUUGUGAAUACAAACCAGGGCAACCAGUUAUAUAAAAUCAAUACAGCUGAUCUACAACAAGCCACAAAUGCAAUAAAACCAACACAGCCACAGGAGGGACAACAUCAAACAAUCCCACAAACAGGUUAUUUGUUGUUAAGUCCUGACACAUCAAACAAUGGGCUGGUUAAUAUCGUACAGAUGGAUGGAGUACAAAAGGUCCUACAGCUAGAAAGCUCACCUAAAGUGCUGAUGAAUUCUAUGGAGAAUAAGAAGGUGUUUGUUUGUCCAGUAGAGGGCUGUAGUAAGAUGUUUAGGAGAUUAUCAAAAUAUAAAACUCAUCAAAUGAGACAUACUGGAGAAAGGCCAUUUAAAUGUUCCAAAGCAGGCUGUGAAUGGGCGUUUACAACUCAUUACAAGUUAAAACGACAUGAAGAAUCACACGAGGGCAGGAAGUCUUUCAUGUGUCCUAUACCUGACUGUGGAGGGAAGUUCACAACAGUUUAUAAUCUCAACUCCCACAUUAAGUUACACAGUAGACCGUGUACAGAGCAAUGUCCUGUGGAGGAGUGUGCACUCAAGUUUGCUACCAAGAGACAGUUAGAUGCUCACAUGAAAUCACACAGUGGGCAUGAAAAAACAUACAAAUGUCCUCAUGAAGGUUGCGACAAAGUGUUCAUAUCAGCAUUGUCCAUGGGUUCUCAUCCAAGGGUUCAUCAACAUAACAAAGAUGAUCUGACCUGUACAUUUGAAGGCUGUGGGAAGGUGUUUGACAAAACGUGCAGACUUAAACAACACAUGAGAUCACAUACAGGAGAGAAACCUUACAUCUGUGGCUUUGAUGGUUGUGAGUGGGCUUUUACAACAGCCAGUAAAUUAAAACGACAUCAAGCCAAACACACAGGAGUCAGAAAGUGGGUGUGUGAUCUCUGUGGUAAAGCCUUCAUGAGAUCUGAGCAUCUCAAAGGUCAUAAAAUCACACAUUCAGGGGAUAAACCAUUUGCCUGUCCUGUUGAAGGAUGUGGUAUUAAAUUCACUGCCAAAAGUAGUUUAUUUGUUCAUAUCAAGAAGCAUGAGAAUGGUGGAAAGAAAGUGAUGUACCACUGUCCAAUGGAGGGAUGUCUGAAAAAAUACUCUAACAAACCCUCACUGAGGGCUCAUAUUGUCAAACAUGUUAAACAGGUGAUGUCUGAGGGUAACAGUACACAGGCUGACAACAUAGAUAUCAUGCCUUACCUAGACAAUGAUCUGCCUGAUAUUGGACUACUGGCAUCUAUAGAUGGACCCAAUUCUUCAGAAGUUCCAGAUGGUCAACCAGAAGUGACUGAUACAGACUGUCCUCAGAAUGCCCCAGUCCAAGAAACUUCCUCUGGACAAGUGAUGAUAGAUCCAUCCGAAUUUAUAGCAUCUUCUGGUAUUUCAGAAACAUCAUUCAUUACAACAGAUAGUGGUGAUGUCCAACAGAUAAGUCCUGACGUCAUCAACCAGAUCCUAUCCUCCAUGGAACGGCAGGAUCAGAUGGCCACCACUACUACUGACACAAUAGUGACACCCUCACCUAGCACCAAGACAAAAGGAGCAAUGUCCAGUAGUAAAUCAGGUGGUUCAGCAAGGACAGAUUACCAUGGUAACCAUCUGAUGAGUGAGAGAGCAAAGAAAAGAAGAAACAAGGAGGCAUCAUCCACUGCAACUGGUGACACUUCAUUCCAAGAUUCAGCAGAGAAGAAUAACUAUAUGACAAAUUCCUUCACUUCAGGUGAUGGCAUGACAUCUAGAGGGAUUACAUUCCGAGAUCCAGAGACAGGGGUGUUGUAUCUACAAACCCAGCUAUUACAGGAUGACCCACCAAAUAUGGAUAUGUACUGUGAAGACCAAGAGAUUUCUCCUGACCUGCCAGUGACUUCGUGUACGCCUUUACAUGACAAUUCUUCUAUACCAGAAUUUACUGAGUCCACGAUAAACUUGCAAGAUUUAGAGUAGAAUAUAUAUUCCAUAAGUUAUUGGGUCGCAAUAAACUUUCAAGAUCUGGAGUAGAUUAUCUAUUAAAAUUUACUGGGUACUAGAAACUAACGUGAUCUGGAGUAAAUCAUUACAGCUGAUUAUACUGCCUUGUUACAGGCAUUAAUUACAAACUGGUCAAGCAAGCAUUUAUCAUUAUACAAUAGAAUGAUCUGAUGUGGUUUGUUUUGUUAGGCCAAAAAAAAAUAUAUGUCUGUUUCCUGCUGCCAAGGCAAUUAAAUCAGGGUUGGUAGGUCAGAUUUUUUUUUUUUUAAUUUUUGCACUCCCUGUCAGAUUUGCAGUCGGUUAAAUGUCAUGUUUGGUUAGUGUCCUGUACCCCAAAAUGAUUUAAUCCCUUUAAAGAAGCUUUAAUUGAAUAAUCCUCCCAGUGCCGACAUUUUUUAAACCUUAAUUGUAGCACAUUUGUGCUGGGAGCAGCCAUUUAAUUGUUUUGUUAUAGUAAGAUACGGAUCUGGUUCGGACCUGAAAAGAUUUGAAUAAAAAGAUCUAGGGUCGGUUGGGGAAACAGGAAACCGACAUAUAUUUUUUUUUGGCCUUACAUUUGACCAAUUUGUAACUUUUACCAUCUAAUUGUGAAUUUUGAAGGGCUUGCAUGCAUGUCAGAAGCUCAUCUAGUGAAAUGGCAAUAUUGUAACUUCAAAGUUCUGAUCAACAUGAUCAAUAUGUUUAUCUGAAUGUAACUUUGUAGCUAUUUCAGAUGAAUUGAUUCUUGGUCUCAUCAUUUUCUAAGUUUAAAUCAUGCCUAAAUUGUCUUAAUGCAACAUUUAUUUCUGAAAAUACUACAUACAGUAGAAAAUGUGAUAAUGAUUUAAAGAACACUGGCAUAUAUCAUGGCCGCAAUGAUAAUUUAUUUUAUGUCAAUGAGUGUGUAGCUAAAGAUAAUAUCUUUUGUUAGCUUGCUUGCUAGCUGAACCCUCCUUUAAGAGUAGACAAGUUUGACAGAUAACAAAACUAUCUGUCUGUAGGACUAGGCUACUUCGAAAGGAGGGUAGUAAACCUUACUUAACAAUGACUUCACGGUUCAGCUAGUAAGCAAGCUAACCAAGGAUAUUACCUUUAACUACAUACUCAUUGAAAUCUGCUGUAAUUAAAAAGAUUUAAAUUUUAUAUAAUCCAAAGGAAUAUUUUCCUUGUUUACUUUUUGUUAUAAUUUAGGGUUAAUUUAUUCAGUUAUAGGCACAACUGACAAGAAUUUGAUUUACAACAAAAUGCACAUUUUAUAGUGCACAAAAUAAAAUUAUCUUUGAAUUUUGUAUUAAUGUAUUUUGUAAGACUUUGUGAUUAAUGUUGACUUUUGAAACAAAAGUGCUAUUAUAUUCAAUAUAAUGUACAUUAUAAUUUUGAAUGUGCAAUAUUCCUGUAGUUAUAGCUGUUUUAAAAAAGGAAUAAAGUGAUCAAAGAUUUAUUGGAAAUUCUGUUGGCCCAAUAAAAUCAACAGAAAUUUUAUGUAUGAUUGUAGCAAUUGAUUUUCUAUUAAACUAUGAUAAAAAUAUUAGGAAUCAAACAUGCACAGAAUUUUCUAACAAUUGAAUCGGCUAAAUAAAUCGGUACUUUGUUAAGAGGCAACACACAACAAGUAAAAAGAAAUUGUUUAAAAAACAACUGAAUAUUUUGAUCACUGGAAAUAUUUGCUAGUAAUUUUACAUUAGGCAUUACAGAUCUGUAAACAAUGAAAGUAUUUAAUGGUACAAAUGUAAUUCUGCACAUCCAGUUCUUAUACAUUUUAAAGAAUACUGUUUGGGAUUGCUUUAAUUUCACAAUUUUCAGUUCGGAAUAAAUUAAUAUUUAAGUAUAAAAUGAUGUUUAUAGGAAUACUAUUAUUUCCAAUGCAAUUUAUACUACAAAAGUUUUGUGUUGUCUGUAAAAUUGUUUCUGAAAUGUGUAGAACAAUUGUCGUGUAUUUUGUAAGAUUGAAUUGUGAAUAAGCAGGUUUUACUGCAUACUUCAUAUAGAAUGGUUUUUCCAUUCAUCAUUUAGAAUUGUAUUUUGUUACAAUUAUAGAUGAUAUAUUGUUAUAAAUAAAUCUGUUGUCAGUUA